AUGAUAACAGUCUCCAAGGCUCUUAAUGAGGUCCUUUCUCUAUUGCUAGUCUGUGUAUAUUAUGUCUUGUUUGGGUUUGUUUGCUGUAUUACUGCAGGUGUUUGGAGUGAUAUAGCAGCACUCUUCAACAACAAAUACAUAGAGAAGAGCACAAAUACAUCCUCCAAACCCCCUGCAGCCUCUAAGCCUCAGCAGGGCAGCAGGUGCAGGGUGAGGGGUUGUUGGAGAUAUACACCAGCAUGCUCUAACAACAAAUAUAUGGAGGACAACACUGCUACAGGACUCUCCAUGACUGAAACAAAAGGAGUGUGCAGAAAUGGAGCCCCCUAUUGUUUUUGGUACUUGUUUGGUUGUAUGUAUUCCUUUGUUUGUUUUUGUUUAGGUGCAAUAACUAAUGGGGAGCCACACACAAGCAACUUGAACCAGAUCACAAGAGAGGAUCCUCUGUUCUGUGAAGCAUGCUCCAACACAAAAUUGGAGCUGCACACAAACCUUCAGCAGUUUCUCCACUCCAUCCAUGAACUCUCUAAAAGCUCAACACUUGCAGCAGCCCAUUGUGCAACCCCUGUCCUGCUGGCUCCUGGUUGUUGUGUAGCUGCAGGUACAUCAACAACUGGAGAGCUAUUCCAUCAGAAAUUGGAGAGCUAUUCCAAGAAGUCUAACCACCUCAAAACAAAGACCAACAAGCAGCCUAGGGAACCUGCAGCCAUCACUAAGAGUCCUACACAAGGACUGUGCAGAGCAGCAACUUCCUUCUGGAUUUUGUGGUUGUUUGGUUGUUUGUAUUUGGCUGUUAGUUUUUGCUUAGGGACAUCAAAAACUGGGGAGCUAUUCCAUCAGAAAUUGGAGUUGAUCACCAGGAAUUCACAGACACAAUCCCAUAACAUCCAAUCCAGUAUUUGGCCUUGUUCUUCUCCAUCUUUUUGGACAUGGCCUUUGUCCACUUAUGCAGGCUCUCUUUGGAACUGCUAUGAGGGAUGCAAUGUCCUGGGGCUUCUAUGGAGCAACACACUCAGCUGGUCAACCACACUCUCUAUUAUCAACACACCCCAGCAACAACUCCACCAACCUGCAGCAGACAAGGAACAAAUACAACCUAAUAGUACUACUAUUGGUUACAGCAGCAUGCAGAUUUCUUGGGUUGUGUGGUUUGUUGGUUUUGAUUGUCUGUGCAGGUACUCCAAGAAUUUGAACCUGAUCACAACAAAGGACAUCCAUUCUUGUGUAACUGACACCAACAAGCAACCUAAUCACAAAGGAAGCAACAAGAAGAUGCACACUUGUUUGAGAUCUUUUCUAUUAACCUCAGCUCCUUUCUUGCUGGUUCUUGUUUGUUGUGUAGAUGCAGAUGUCAGGAUGGACUCAUCAACAUGUCUUCCCAACACCUACAUAGAACACAUCACAGCUACAACCACCAAAACAAAUACCAAAACAAUUACUAAGAGGCCUCCACAAGGACUAUGCAGAAAUGCAACUUCCUUCUGGUUUUUGUGUUUGUUUGGCUGUUUGUCUUUGGCUGAUUGUUUUUUCUUAGGGACAUCCACACUCUCUAACAUCAACACACCACAGCAAACACUCUACCAACUGGCAGCACACAAGGAACAUGGGUACAGCAGCCUGCAGAUCCCCUUGGUUGUGAGGUGCAGUCGUUUUGAUUUAUGCAGGUACCCCAGCUGCAGCUUCCUCCUUGAAGCUGCAUUGAGCCCCAAGAGCAGUCACCCCAGCAACAACUCCAUCCACCUGCAGCAGACAAGAAACAUAUACAAGUUUGUUUGUUUUGUUUUUCUGUACAGGUACUCCAAGAAGUCUAACCACCUCAUAACAAAGACCAACAAGCAGCCUAGGGAGACUGCAGCCAUCAGAACCUGCAGAUUGGCAGCCUUGGAUGCAUUCCAUCAACAGCUGCAACAGCUACACCAACUUGAAGCAGACAAGGAACAAAUACAAGCUAAUGGUUGUUGGAGAUACAGGCAACAGUGGAACCCAGAAGGAACUCCAACACCCUCAGAGACAACAUCCAAGAACCAACAACAAUAUCAUGAGUAGCUGUAGAAUGAUACACCUCCAUCAACUCCAUAUACAUACUGUGGAAACACAACACCAAACAACUACUCAGCCACACACCAAACAACAACUCAACCACAGAGCUGAAGCUGAAAGUGCAGAAUUGAAAGAUGAAGUUCAACAGCAUCAGCAACAACAGAGGCCAAAAC